GGGAAUCGCCCCGGCUGGGGAACGCCCGCUGGCAAGGAGGGGUUAGCCAAGUUCCGGUUGUGGCGUCCCUCCUCCGCUCCCACGGGAGGAAAGUUUUCUCCAGAAGCUUCCAGCCGACCCGCGCCCUCCGGGCCCAGCUCGCAAGCCUUCGGAGCGGGCGCCGUCUCAGGCCAGCUCCUGGGAGACCCGUGCCGUGAUGUCUAGGGGGUGCUCCCGGGGCCCCGGCGCCGGAGACGCGCGUCUCCGGCUCGCGCGGCUGGCGCUGGUCCUGCUGGGCUGGGUCUCCUCAUCCUCACUCACCUCCUUAGCGACUUCCUCCACCUCCUCUGCGUCGUUCUUGGCCUCCGCGGUGUCGGCCCAGCCCCCGUUGCCGAGCCAGUGCCCCCCGCCGUGCGAAUGCUCCGAAGCGGCGCGGACCGUCAAGUGCGUUAAUAGUGAUCUGACCGAGGUGCCGGCGGACCUGCCCCCUUAUGUGCGCAACCUCUUCCUCACUGGCAAUCAGCUGGCAGUGCUCCCGGCCGGAGCCUUCUCCCGCCGACCGCCGCUGGCGGAGCUGGCCGCGCUCAACCUCAGCGGCAGCCACCUGCAGGAGGUGCGCGCCGGAGCCUUCGAGAAUCUGCCAAGCCUGCGCCAGCUCGACCUCAGCCAUAACCCUCUGGCCAAACUCAGCCCCUUCUCGUUCUCCGGCAGCAACGCCAGCGUCUCGACCCCCAGCCCCCUGGUGGAACUGAUUCUGAACCACGUCCUGCCCCCUGCUGAAAAGCUGGGGAACCGGAGCUUCGAGGGUAUAGUGGCUGCUGCCCUGCGAUCUGGCCAGGCUCUACGAGGGCUCCGCCGCCUGGAGCUCACCAGCAACCACUUUCUCUACUUGCCCCGGGAUGUACUGGUCCAGCUGCCGGGCCUCAGGCACCUGGACCUGCGCAACAACUCGCUGGUGAGCCUGAGUUAUGUGUCCUUCCGAAACCUGACACACCUAGAAAGCCUCCACCUGGAGGACAACGCCCUCAAGGUCCUUCACAACAGCACUCUGGCAGAGUUUCAAGGCCUGCCCCAAGUCAGGGUCUUCCUGGACAACAAUCCCUGGGUCUGUGACUGCCACAUGACGGACAUGGUGACCUGGCUCAAGGAGACAGAGGUAGUGCAGAACAAAGCCAGGCUCACCUGUGCAUUUCCGGAAAAAAUGAGGAAUCGGGUCCUUCUGGAACUCAACAGCUCCGACCUGGAGUGUGACCCUAUCCUCCCUCAAUCCCUGCAGACUUCUUAUGUCUUUCUAGGUAUUGUUUUAGCCCUGAUAGGCGCCAUUUUCCUACUGGUUUUGUAUUUGAACCGUAAGGGGAUAAAAAAGUGGAUGCAUAACAUCAGAGAUGCCUGCAGGGAUCACAUGGAAGGAUAUCACUACAGAUAUGAGAUCAAUGCGGACCCCAGGUUAACAAACCUCAGUUCUAAUUCGGAUGUCUGAGAAACAUUCACAGAACAAGGGCAACUAUGCAUGAGAUGUAGACUUAAUUAAGCUUUAUCCUGUCCUAGGCUUGCUCCACCUCCACCCUCCACUAUAGGCACCACUGACCUUGAGUGAAAGCAGUGAAGGGAAUUUGCACCCUUGUCAAGUAAAGUGUCUUGGUGUGGUCUGCUGAUGUAAGAUGAUGAACAAUUGCAUAGUCAUUUCCCCUCUUCCCUGUCUUGGAACUCAAUACGUGUGGAGGGAUUUUUUCAAAUUUCAGCAUGAAC